AUGUUCCAAAUGCUGGAGAAAUACUCGAGCAAUCUGGAGGACCUCAUCCGGGACCGGACGGAGCAGCUCGACCUCGAGAAGAAGAAGACGGAACAGCUGCUCAACCGGAUGCUGCCCAGCUCGGUCCGGACCAGCUGAAGCUCGCGGAUGCCAGUGGCGCCGGAGGAAUUCGAUGACGUCACCAUCUACUUCUCGGACAUCGUGGGCUUCACCAGCAUCUCGGCCUACUCGACGCCCUUCGAAGUGGUCGAACUCCUGAACGAUCUCUACACGGCUUUCGAUUCUACGAUCAAUCACUAUAACGUCUAUAAGGUGGAGACGAUCGGUGACGCGUACAUGGUCGUGGGCGGAGUCCCGAAGAGGAUAGACGACCAUGCAACCCAAAUUGCGACGAUGGCACUCGACCUGUUGCACCUGUCGGGCAAGUUCAGGAUCCGACACCUGCCCAACAUCCCGCUCAUGCUCAGAAUUGGGAUCCAUACAGGCCCUUGCUGCGCUGGCGUCGUCGGACUCACGAUGCCUCGCUACUGCCUCUUCGGGGACACCGUCAACACCGCCAGCAGGAUGGAGUCCACUGGCUCGGCUUGGCGGAUCCACGUGAGCGAGAGGACGAGCGCGGCGCUGCGGGAGUCGGGCGGCGCCUACCACCUCGAGUACCGCGGCCUCACCAAGCUCAAGGGCAAGGGGGAGAUGCCCACCUACUGGCUCCUGGGCAAGGACGACUUCCGGAAGGAGCUGCCCACGCCGCCGGAGAUCGGCCAUACUAAUCCUGGAGAGAUAAAUAUAGCCAUUUAUUUCAUGGACAUUUCAUGGCAUGCUUGA